AUGAAUAGCUUCCUAUUUGUAAUAGUAUUGCUAGAAUGUGUACUUGCAUGGUCUCCUACCAACUCAUAUGCCCCUGGAAAGAUCGAAUGUCCUGCUGACCCAAAACUUAUUAGAACGGCACAGGGACUCUGCAAUGAAGAACUGACAUGGCUCCAAGGUAGAAAUGCCGUAACUAAGCAAAAUGUCAUUGCAUUCUUAGAAUCUGCAAACAUGACAGACUUUAAUGCAAAGCAGUUCUUCAGUAAUGCAACGAAAGACAUUAAAAUUGGAUUGGCCUUCUCUGGUGGUGGAUAUCGGGCAAUGUUGGCAGGAGCUGGUCAAUUAGCUGCCUUGGAUAGUAGAACUCAAAAUGCAAAUUCUGUAGGAUUGGGUGGACUUUUACAAUCAUCGACAUACAUCUCUGGGCUUUCCGGGGGGAGUUGGUUAGUUGGUACAAUCGCCAUGAAUAAUUUUACGUCAGUGGAAACCAUUUUGAAUGAAGGAGUUAUAUGGGAUUUGACCCAUUCCAUUGCGAACUAUGGAGGUCUAGACUUUAUAAGAAAUGCGUGGUACAUUAAUAAAAUCUCUUCUGAUCUUCGUGAUAAAUCAUUUGCUGGGUAUCAGGAGUCUUUGACCGACCCUUGGGGUAGAUCUCUUUCUUUCCAGUUUUUCACUAAGUUGAAGGAUAAAGGUGCUGCAUUGACAUGGUCAACUUUGCAAGAAGUGGAUGUAUUCACAAAUCACCAGAUGCCUUUUCCCAUUAUUGUUUCAGAUGCUAGAACAGAUGGAAUCAAUAUAAUUGACGGGAAUGCUACCAUAGUCGAGUUCAAUCCAUAUGAAUUUGGAUCUUGGGAUCCGUCACUCCAUCAAUUUUCGAAAGUUAAGUAUUUAGGAACUAAAACAGUUAAUGGUGAACAUGAUGGGAAUUGUAUUGGCGGAUAUGACAAUGCAGGGUUUAUUUUAGGUACUUCCUCAUCAUUAUUCAAUGAAGUGGUCCUUAAGAUAGAUAUGAUACCACUUAUUGGGACCCUUCAUCAAUUAAUUCAACAGGUUCUUAGUGGUAUUUGGAAAAAUGAGUUGGAUAUUGCCAUUUAUAAACCAAACCCAUUCUAUAAAACCAAUGUGGGUACUGUUUCAAAGCUUGUAACAGAAGAUUCAUUGUACCUAGUUGAUGGCGGGGAAGAUGGUCAAAACGUUCCACUCGCUCCUUUGAUCGAACCAGAUAGAGAAGUGGAUGUAAUUUUUGCCUUCGACAACUCUGCGGAUACAAAUGACCACUGGCCAGAUGGAUCGUCCUUAGUUGCUACAUAUAAAAGACAAUUUUUGGCUCAGGGUAAUGGAACGCAUUUCCCUCCAGUACCAGACACAAAUUCAUUUAGAAACUUAAAUUUAACUUCAAGGCCAGCAUUCUUUGGAUGUGAUGCCAAAAACCUUAGUUCGUUGGUAGGUGAUAAAGAAUCAGUAUUUGAUGUCCCACUCGUUGUUUAUACUGCAAAUAGGCCAUUUCUGUACCCAUCAAAUGUUGAUACUUUCCAAUUAUUUUAUUCUGAGCUGCAAAAAAGAGGUAUGAUCAAGAAUGGGUUUGAAACUGCCACACGAUUGAAUGGGACUCUUGAUGAAGAAUGGAAUGCAUGUGUUGGUUGUGCCAUUAUUAGAAGACAACAAGAGAGACAAGGUAUAGAACAAUCUGACCAAUGUAAGGGUUGUUUCGAAAGAUAUUGUUGGAAAGGAGAUACAGAUACUGCUAAUGCGAACAAUUUACAAUUUACCCCUACUGGACUUUCAAAGAGAGCCAAACAAUGGGACUUCAAUUUUGGACCUUUGAAAUUUAGUUUUAAGUUUUCAAGUGGUAAGUAA